UAAGAUUUUGAUAUUAUAAGGCAAAACUUAAUAUUCUCCUAUUUUAUACGAUUAUAUAGUUUUUUUAGUUUGUUUAGAAAAGAAUAUUAUAUUUCGAUAUUUAGUAAGUAUCUUAUUCCAAUAUUCCGAUUUGAUAUUAAUUAAUGACACUUUCUUAUAAGAAUGAAAUGAUAUGUUUGAGGUUACAAGAUUCAAAGAUAUUUUAACUUUAGAUGUAUGACAUUAUACACAACUUUAUCUAAAAUUUCAAUAUUCAAAAGUCUUUUAUCGUGUCUAGUCAAAUUAUGAUACAUAAAAAUAAAAUAGAAGGAAAUAUGCAUAUGUUAGUACUAUUUAAUCUCUAUAUAUAUACAUAUACACAUAGAGUAAAUUUUAUGAAUGAUUAUCGAACUUUUAGCUUCAUUACACAAAAGUCAUUAUUCUUUCUUUUGUUACACAAAAAUCAUUUAACUUUGCUCCGGUUAUCACAAAAAUCAUUUUGAUCGGAUUUGACAAAGUUCCCACCGGAAAAGUGACAUGGCAGCCUUAAUUAGCGUAUGUGCUUAAUUAAAUAGGGUUAAUAUAGUAAACCCAUUAUACCCGCCUAAGUUAUACCCGACCCACUAUACACCAUAACAUAAACGUGACCUAUCCAUUCUCCUUAAAAUUGAUUCUCUCUCUUCGUUACUUCCUCACUUAGGGCUCAAUGUCUUGAAACAAAAAUAUUCCUUAAAAAAGAUGGAAUCCUCUUCAAGAUCGAGGAAUAAAUUAAGCAACUCUCUGAGCUCUUUGCUCCUAUUAUCGCCAUAUGUUGCUUCAAGGGACCACCAUGAAACACAACCAACGAAAACAAGGGCGGAACAUGAGGUACAAACAAACCCUUUUUAUCUUUGUUUAUGUGUUAUUCAAGGAACUGCCAUGAAUAUUAUUUUGUUGUUCUUGUUUAUUUAUAUGUAAUUACAACAUGCCCAUUAUCAAUUUUUCAGAGUUUUAGGGUUUGUAACACUCAAUCUUAGGGUUUAAAUCGGCCUUUUUGGGGGGUUAUUUGAAGGGUAUUUCAUGCAUGAAUAUGGGUCUUUCUUGUUCUCUUAUCUAUGUUGAAAUAAUUCCCAAAGACCGAAGUUGAUUUUUUGUUGAUUUUGGUUUCUCAUAAUGAUAUUUUUUUUUUACUUUUGUUGGUUCUAACUAUGAUUAUUUAUUUGAUUCAUAUGUAGAAAUUUGAACAUUUCUUGAGUGGAAUUAAUGAAAGGAAAUUUUGGGAUGAUACAAAUUAGUCUGAUAAUGAUUUUAAUAAUGAUGACUAUCACUUGUCUGAGUCUGAUGAUGAUUUUAAUGAUAGAAUAGUUGAAACACAUGUUAGAAAGAAAAGGGGAAGACCUAAGAAAACAGCAAGCAGGUUGUCAUCAUCCACUAGUAUUCUAAUACCUGAACUUAAUGACAAAUAUGACUCUGAUUUUGCCUCAUCAAAAGAACUAAAUGAUGUCAAGUCUGAUAGAGAAAAUAAGGAGGAGGAUGAGGUGACAUAUCCAGAGUAUGAGGAAGAAAAUAAUAAGUAUAACCCAAGCUUGGAACUUGGAGAGAAAUUUAGAAGUCUUGGGCAGUUUAAAGAAGCCUGCAGGAAUUGGGGUAUUAAGAAUAGGUGCCAACUUUAUUUUCCUACAAAUGACCAGGCGAGGGUGAUAUGUGCUUGUAAAUUAGAUGACUGUCCAUUUAGGGUGUAUGCUGGUGUUGUGAGUAAUGUGGAUCCAACAGCUCAAAUAAAAUCUAUUGAUAUGGCACAUAGUGGUGGGUAUGUGUUUCAGAAUUUUCAUAUGGAUGCUCAAUGGAUUGCUAAGAGGUAUUUCAGUACUUUUAGGGCUGAUCCUGCAUGGAGUUUGAAUGGAAUCAUAAAGAGGCUAACUGAUGAUUAUAGUUAUACCAUAAGUAAGACUAAGGUUUGGAGGGCCAAACGGUUAGCUUUGAAAUGGAUAUAUGGAGAAGAGGGUGCUCAAUAUGCAAGGCUCUUAGCUGAGCUAUUAAAAUCUAAUCCUGGCUCAACUGUCACUAUUUGGAGAGAUAGGAAGAUUUUUGGGAUUCUAUGUAUGCCUUAAUGCACUUAAAGUUGCUUAUAAAUCAGGUUGUAGGCCACUAAUUAGUUUAGACGGCUGCUGGCUGAAAGGAAAUUAUGGUGGAAACUUGUUGAGUGCUAUUGCUAUAGACCCGAAUGACUACAUAUUCCCACUAGCUUAUACAGUCAUAGCUGAAAAUGAAAGUAGGGAAACUUGGAGUUGGUUUCUUGCUAAUCUUGGCCAAGAUUUGGAGAUCAAUAAUAGCCAUCACAUUGCUUUUAUAUCAGAUAGAUAAAAGGUCAGUCUUUGAUUAAUUAUUUUUCCCAAUGUUUAUAUAAUUUUAUUAAUUGUUUGAGUUAACGUGCAUAACAAAUUGUUAUCGUUAUUUUUUAUAGGGUUUGAUAGCAGCAGUUAGAGACUUAUUCCCUAAUGCUGAGCAUAGAAAUUGUGUGAGGCAUAUGUACCAAAAUUUCAAGACAAAACACAAAGGAAAAGCAUUAAAGGGCAUGGUUUGGAAUGCUGUUUGGGAAAGCAAUAAUGUGAUAUUCAGAAAAUGCAUGGAGGAGUUAGAAAAUGAGGACAAGGCUGCUAGAGAAUGGUUCAAUCAUCCAGAAAGACCCUUCAAUACAUGGACUAGAUCAAUGUUCAGGACUCAUAUAAAAUGUGAUAUGCUAUUAAACAAUUUGUGUGAGAGUUUUAACAGGUAAUAAUUGUUAAAUAUUUUCUUAUGAGUUCUGCCUUUUAAUUUUUAAUGAGAUAUUUCUUCUAACAAAUAUAACUUUUUUAGAUAUAUUCUUGAUGCCAGAGAUAAGCCCAUAAUCACUAUGUUGGAGAUGAUAAAAAAUCAGUUGAUGAGGAGAUUGUGAAAAAAAAAAAAGUGGAUUGAUAGAUACCAAGGGACGAUAUGCCCUAAGAUUGUCAAAAAAAUGAACAAAAUCAGAAAUGAAUGUGCACCUUUUAAACCAAAUUUUUCAGGUGGUCCGAAGGUUCUAGUUGAAGGUCCUAGAGGGCCCUUCAUAGUUGAUUUGGUUGUCAGGACUUGUACAUGUAGGAGAUGGGAUUUGACGGGUUUACCAUGUCUGCAUGGUGUUGUGAGUAUCUUAGGAAAUAAUGAGAGAGUAGAGAAUUUUGUAGUGGCCUAUUAUCAACCCCACUAACCCCGAGUCGUAUUGGCCAGAAGUUAUUAAUAAUGGUAUAGUAAUUCCACCUAAAUUAGUCAAGAAAAAAAAAGGGGAAGACCUGCUAAAUCGAGGAGGAAGGAAGCUGGAGUGAUGGAACCAAAAAGACAAGCACAAAAAAAAAGCAUGGCAGCUAGAAAAUUGUCUAAAAAGGGGCAGCACUUCCAUAACUUGCUCAAUCUGUAAAGAAGUUAGUCAUAAUGCCAGAGGGCAUUCUAAGUUUGUCCAAAAAAAAUGCUCAGAUGUCAAUUCAAAAAGAAACAACCACAAUUCCAACUCAAGAAGAAGAUGAUGAUUUUUGGGGAUAUUCAAAUUUGUACCACUCUGAAAUGUGGUGUAAUUCUGGUACUAACGAAGAUGGAGGACUGAACUUUAACUUGACAAAUCAGUCUACUAUUACUGAGGUGGCUACUAUGUGUACUAGUUCUGUUGCUGAACUUGGAGUUGUUGAACUUGGAGUUGCUGUGUGUGUUGAAGUUUCUGGAAUUGCUAUUUGUGAUGAAGUUUCUCAAGUUGUUGUUGUUGGUGUUUCUAAGAGAGGCCGGAGUGUGAAGAAAAAAAUUAUGACCGACUAUGUUACUGCCGUGAUUAAAAAGAAGUCUAGGGUCUCUAGGAAGUUAUGAAGUAUUUUGUGUUUUUGUAUUAAAUAUAUAUAGUUUGAAUGGCACAAAAUGUGCAUUUUGUAGUUUUCACUAUGCGAUGCAUUCUAACUGUUUAUGUUGGCUUAUUAAGCAGUAUUUUGUUGGGUUGGUCUUGCUUAAUAGCCAACAUUUUGACAUAUAUUAGAAUGCACCAUUAUGAAAUGGUUUCACUUUAUUUAGUCCCUUUUUUAUUUUGCUGUUUAA